AAUCGAGAGCAUACGCAUCAUCCACGUUCAUUAGACGUAAGACUUUUUCUGAAUACAUUGAGAGAACGAGGUGGUAGAGAAAAUGCUACUCCAGCUCAAAUUUAUAAUGAAGUAGCACCAAAAAAUGUAAGAGCAGCAGUUGUUGUUGGUAGACCAGUCGCCAUUCGGACUAUAGCCCGGGCUAGAAGGAGAUUGAGUCCCCCAAUCCCUGAACAUCUUCAACAAUGGGCAGAUAUUUUAAAUCAGCCAGAGUGGCGACAACGAUUGCUGUGGUGCAAUGGAACCAACAAUCGUUUUUUUUCAAGACAGCUUAACAUUUUGGACAGAGAAGUUCCUAGAUUUGCUGGACUUGUCUUUGCUAAUGCGGCAUUUUUACGUUCCAACAAUGUACAUCUAUCAACCGUCCGUAUCAUUUGCAUAGAUGGUACAUAUCAAGUGCGCCCCAAUCAUCCUGCUGACAUAGCACAACUGAUAACCGUACAAGUUGUGUUAAAUAAUGUUGCGAUUCCGAUAGUCCAUGGAUUGCUGGUAGAUUCUACAACUGAAUCCUACUGUAGACUUCUGCAAUUCAUACGUAAUGAUUUACAACUUAAUUUUGAGUACCAAAAUUUGAGGAUCAUUACAGACUUUGAGCAAGGAUUGAGGAAUGCAGUCAUGAUGGUGAUGCCUGAAAGUACAAAUACAGGUUGUUGGUUUCAUUACAUCAGAGUAAGUCAAUACAAUUUAAAUUUAAAAUAUUGUUUUACCUGAAGUUUAUUUAUUUA